CCGCCAGAUGGACCUGGUGGCCCGGGGAGGAUGGAGCCGUUUGAUGCUGCGGCCCUACCGGAGCUGCUCCGGGUGUAUUACCGACGCCUCUUCCCCUUCUCCCAGUAUUACCGCUGGCUCAGCUAUGGCCGAGUGGAGAAGCGGUACUUCCAGCACCGGGAGUUCUCCUUCACGCUCAAGGACGACGUGUACAUCCGCUACCAGUCGUUCGGCACGCAGGCCGAGCUGGAGAAGGAGAUGCAGAAGCUGAGUCCCUACAAGAUCGACGUCGGAGCCGUCUACUCGCACAGGCCCAGUCAGCACAACACUGUGAAGCCGGGGGCUUUCCAGGCCCAGGAGAAAGAGCUCGUGUUUGACAUUGACAUGACAGACUACGACGACGUCAGGCUGUGUUGCAGCUCUGCAGAGAUCUGUCCCAAGUGCUGGACUCUCAUGACCAUGGCCAUCCACAUCCUGGACCGGGCCCUGAGGGAGGACUUUGGGUUCCAGCAUCGCCUGUGGGUUUACUCGGGCAGGAGAGGCGUCCACUGCUGGGUCUGUGACGCUUCGGCCAGGAAGCUGUCUCCGGCCGUGCGUUCGGGCAUCGUCGAGUACCUGAGCCUCGUCAAGGGCGGCCGAGAGACGGUGAAGAAAGUCCACCUCGGGGAGAGGGUUCACUCGUUCGUCAGGAGGUCGGUAAGCUUGGUGGAAGACUACUUUGAAGACUAUGCCGUGGACGGUCAGGAUUUCCUGGCCAGCAAGGAGCGCUUGGACAAGGUCAUCGCCCUCGUACCGGAAACGCUGCGCGAGACCCUGUCCUGCGACUUGCCCAAGCUUCCCGGCUCCCGGCAGCGCUGGCACCACCUGAAGAAGGUGCUGGAGCAACAGCGGAGCACCCCGAAGGCCGCCCGGUCGGGUUUAUGGUCGGAUUGGGAGGUGAUGCUGCAGCUGUGCUUCCCCCGCCUGGAUGCCAACGUCAGCAAGAGCCUCGGCCACCUGCUCAAGAGCCCGUUCAGCGUCCACCCCAAGACCGGGCGAAUUUCUGUCCCCAUUGACCUACAGGCUGUGGAUCAGUUUGACCCCUGGGCCGUCCCCACCAUCAGUAGUCUCUGCCAAGAGCUGGAUUCCAUCGAAGGGGAGGAGGAGGCGGCGGCGGCGGGGGACGAACCGGAGGUCAGCUCCAGGCGUCGAGCCCGAGACUACAAGAAAACCAGCCUGGGCCCCUACGUGCAGGUGUUUGAGCGUUUUCUCGAUGGGCUGGACCGGGCCCACAAGGGCGAGCUUCUCCAGAGGAGCGAUGCUCAGAGAGACUUCUGAAGGCGACGGUGUCCCCGCGGCCGCGGCCAUGGCAGGCGUAGCUCCUGGGACCGCACGGCAGCCGGGCCGGACCCCCUCCGACCACAGAUGCCUCGGGACCAUCGAGGUCCCGGGCGCCGCCGCCGUCCGUCCCCGUUCCCCUCAUCCCCCAACCGCCGGGCUGCCUUCCAGGACCCUUCGUUGGGGUCCCACCCAGGGCCUGCACCCAUUGGCACCGUUCGUGUGGACAGAACUAUUAAAAGCCGCCGUGCUUUGCCGUCUG